AUGUCUAAACACGACUCGGCCAGCACAAGCACCGGAGUCAUGGACCCCGUCGCAGAACAGAAGCCUCGUCGAGGCUCAAAGGCCUCGCUCGGAAACACUGAUGGCGCUGAUCAGCUCCUCGAGAACCUCGGCUACAAGGCUGAGCUGUCGCGUAACCGCUCUACCUUCCAGGUCGCCUUCAUGUCCUUCGUCCUCGCUUCCAUCCCCUACGGUCUCGCUACCACCCUGGUUUACCCUCUGAUUGGAGGCGGUCCCGUCAACGUCAUCUGGGGCUGGCUCGCCGUCUCCCUCAUCAUUGUCUGUGUUGCUUGCUCUCUCGGUGAAAUCACCAGUGUCUAUCCUACAGCUGGAGGUGUUUACUACCAGGCCUUUAUGCUCUCUCCUCCCCGAUGGCGUCGCAUUGCUAGCUGGAUCUGUGGCUGGCUCUAUCUAGUUGGAAACAUUACCAUCACUCUCGCCGUCAACUUUGGUACCGCCCUCUUCAUCGUCGGCUGUGUCAAUGUCUUCGAGAAGAGCCCUGGUGUCGGUGUCUUGUCGGGAGAGGCUUACCAGGUCUUCCUGAUCUUCCUUGCACUGACUAUCCUGUGCAAUGCUGUCUCUGCGCUCGGUAACAAGUGGCUUCCCUGGAUUGAUACCGCCGCCAUCUUCUGGACCUUUGCUGGUCUUAUCGCCAUCAUCGCUACUAUCCUUGCCAUCGCUAAGAACGGACGUCGUGAUGCUAACUGGGUCUUCACACACUUCGAGGACAACUCUGGCUGGCCCAAGGGAUGGUCUUUCUGUGUCGGUCUCCUUCACGCCGCUUAUGCUACUUCUUCUACUGGAAUGAUUAUCUCCAUGUGUGAGGAGGUUCAGAACCCUCAGGUCCAGGUCCCCAAGGCCAUGGUCGCCACCAUCUUCAUCAACACCUUCGCCGGUCUUCUCUUCCUCAUCCCUCUCAUGUUCGUCAUGCCCGAGAUCCAGGACGUCAUCGUCUCCGCCCAGCCCGUGCCUCUCAUCAUCAAGAGCGCUGUCGGCAGCUCCGGCGGUGCCUUCGGUCUUCUCAUUCCUCUCAUCGUCCUCGCCAUUAUCUGCGGUAUCGGUUGCACAACUGCCAGUUCUCGAUGCGCUUGGGCAUUUGCUCGUGAUGGUGCCAUUCCCGGUGCCAGGAUGUGGUCCAAGGUCAACACUACUCUCGAUGUUCCACUGAACGCUAUGAUGCUCUGCAUGGUUGUUGAGAUCGUCCUCGGUGUCAUCUACUUCGGUUCUUACGCUGCUUUCAACGCUUUCUCUGGUGUCGGUGUCAUCUGCUUGACUGCUUCUUACGCCACUCCCAUUGCUAUCAGUCUCGCUACUGGUCGCAAGCAGGUCAAGACUGGACAGUUCUACCUCGGAAAGUGGGGUGCUGUCGCCAACUGGAUCGCUCUCGCCUGGUCCCUGUUGGCCAUGCCUCUCUUCUGCAUGCCCUCCGCUAUCCCCGUUACCCCCGAAUCCGUCAACUACGCCCCCGUCGUUUUCGUCUUUGCGUGCAUGGUUUCUGGUAUCUGGUACUGGGCCUGGGGUCACAAGAACUACGCUGGUCCUCCUACCCACGAGGAGUAA